AUGUAUUUCUAUGAUACAAUAGUUAUACCGCUUUUACAUCGAAUGUCAAAUUUAGAAGAACUUCGUUUGUAUUUUAAUUGUUCUCGAGAAGAAUCAUUUGUUGAUGGGAAUGAUUUGAAAACAAAUAUUCUAAUUCAUUUGCCACGGUUAACGACAUUUAAAUUUAAUAUUUGCUCAUUCAUUAAUCAUUAUAAUCAAAGUGAUUUAUUAUCAAAUGAAGAUAUCCGAAAUACAUUCAGAGACUUUUCAAAUAAUGAAAUUAUUUCUUGUGUUGAUUAUUUUCCAGAUGAAAACAAAGGUCAAUGUCAUAUUUAUUCAUAUCCUUUUACAUUGAUUAGUUAUGAACGUAUUACAAAUAAUUUUCCAUGUGGAUUAUUCCCAUAUGUUCGUAAAGUAUCAUUAUUUGAUGAACAACCUUUUCAACAUGAAUUUUUUAUUCGAAUUCAAAAAUCAUUUCCAUUCAUAAAAAAACUAACUGUAACUAAUUGGAAAGCACAAAAUCAUAAACAACAUGAGAAAUCAAAAGAUGACAAUAGAGAUUUAUCAUUAAUUCAUUAUCAACAUCUUACUUCUCUUUUUCUUACUGAAGUUCAUGAUGAUUAUAUUGAAGAAUUUCUACUUGAUACCAAAACAGCCUUACCAUUUAAUCUUACCCUUUAUGUUGAUUAUUAUUCUAUACAAAGAGUAACACAUCAUUUUAAAAGAAUUGAAACAAGAAUUAAUUGUUCAAAAAUCAAUUGUGUAUAUUUGGAUAAUGUUCAUCACUUUUCAAAAGAUUUCAGAAACUAUUUUCUUAGUACUGAAUAUAUGUGA